GGCUGCAGUGGUUCAGCUGCUGGUACAGUAUGGUGUAGGAUAACGACCUUAAACCUCCACAGCUAUGAUGAGCCUGCUCAUGUGUUUAUGUUGUGUGCUACUGGACCUCACAGCAGUCCACAGCCAUGUGCUCAUGCAGGGCCGUAUAGUAGGUGGUCACACCGCUGCACCAAACUCCAUCAAAUACAUUGUGUCACUGCAGAGCACCCGGGGCCAACAUUUCUGUGGUGGAUCACUGGUUCACAGGUACUGGGUGCUGACAGCAGCGCACUGUAACAUCGGGGCAGAGCACAUGAUGAUAGUGGCGGGCGACUACAUUGUUAAUACCUUUGAGGGUACUGAGCAGUACGCUAAACCCCACAGGCUGGUCACCCAUCCCCACUACAACAGGAGCACCAACAAUGCUGACAUCAUGCUCAUUAAGUUGCGGGCCCCCAUGGUGCUGAACAAAUACGUCUCGCUGGCACCUCUCCCCAGGCAAGGGACAGGAGUGUUUGAAGGCUUGGUGUGUCGGGUGUCCGGGUGGGGCUACAACAAUCUAGAUGGAGGCCAGGCCCCCUUCACCCUGAGGACGGUCACAGUACCCAUUGUUUCAUCUGCAAGGUGUAACAGCAGUGAAUCCUUUAAUGGAAACAUCACGGCAAACAUGAUCUGUGCUGGCUACAGGACUGGAGGAAAAGAUGCAUGCAAGGGAGACUCUGGCGGGCCACUUGUGUGUAGGGGGUGUGUCUACGGCGUGGUCUCCUGGGGCAACGGCUGCGGUGAUGCUAAGUUUCCAGGAGUCUACACGGCUGUGUCCAAAUUCCGCCGGUGGAUAGACCAAACCAUCUACGGGUCAUAUCUACGCUGUACCAAAUACUGAUGAAGAUAAUGAUACAACUAAGAUAAUGAAAGUAGCCAUUUCUGCAGAAAAAAUUAGUCAUUCCCCUGAAAACCUUUGUGCUGACAUGGACCAAAGGUGGUUCUGUGGAAAAUAUGCAGAGCUUCCUCUGACUCACUGCUCUAAUUAUUCUGAAAAUGUUUUCCAUACCAAUAUAAUGGUGAUGCAGCUCAUAUUCUCAAAUAAUCUAGCUGUAGCUGGUCUCUGCCUGCUACAGCCAUCGUAAUAUCCACUACAGUGGGCACUUUAUAAGCCUUCUGUAUAUGUAAUCCAGUAAUGUGAAGUUCAUAACAUGUAAAAAAAAUACUAUUUUAUUGCAAUAAAUGUUCAAAUAUA